UUUAACACUUUUUUGGUUACUACAUGAAUCCAUAUGUGUUUCAUAGUUUUGAUGUCUUCACUAUUUUACAAUGUAGAACAUAGUAAAAAUAAAGAAAAACCCUUGAAUGAGUGGGUGCAUCCAAACUUCUGACUGGUACUGUAUAGUUUACACCAAAGGGUAAAAUCUAUAUAUUUUCAGCAAAAUAGUGCGUCUCAGCGUCUGUGGUCUAUGAUUUAUGCUUAAUGAUGUGGACUGCAAAUUACACCAUAAUGGGGGUAGGCCUGGGCUCACAGAAAUAAGAAUGAAUAGAAUGGGCUUGGAACUCUAACCCUGGAAAUUGACUGGUAAACUCAUGGGUACACUGCCAACGGCUGCCUGGUAUUGUGACGCAAUAAUUUCAAUUGUAGUUUUGAAUUUCUCUUCAUUCUUAUUUCUAAGCCAGUUUAAUAUUCAGUAGCAUUCAAGAUUUGGCAACCUCAGAUGAAGUACGAUGUUUUACCGGCUCAUUUUGGAGACCAACGUAGACUAGACCUGUAGCAUGGACAGCGACGAGGCCCGAAAAGGGUUACAGGAAGCCCCAGAGAGGACAUUCCCUGUAUUCUUCAGAGGAAAACUGGGGGAGAAGCUCCAUCAGGAGACCCCCGGGUUUGACCUGUUGGACCCCAACAUGAGAGUCAUGGAUGUUAGUUAUAACUGCCUCCACGACAAACACCUGAAGAGUUUUUUCCGCCAUCCGGAAAGGAAGAAGCGGCUGGUGAAGCAAGGCCUCAUCACCUCAAAUGAGAAGGUGCUGUGUACGUGUAAAGAGUACAAUCGCUACAGUAGCUACAUCAAGUCAGUUCAGUUGCUGUGGGAGAAGCAGUGCUGUGCCCAGCAGAAAAAUCUUUUGAAGCAGUUCCUAGUCUUGCAGCAGCAAGGGGAGGUUCCUUCCCACAUCUCACUGACGGAUAUUAGAGAAUGGCUCAUUGCCAAGGGUAGAAACUACUUCAAGAACACGUUUCAGAGUGAAAUGGAAGAGGGGAAGAACCUUCACUUGGCCGAACUGGCUUGGGAUGUGAAACGACGCCUCAGGCUUGAGGAGCUGGAAAGAGAAGUGUGCAGGGAGCUGCGCCUGGAGCGCCGAAUCCGCUGGUCGGUGAUUGGACAGCCUGGUAGCCAGAUGGGAGAUUGGAGACCCCUGGGCAUGGAGACACACACACCUCUGGUAAUGGACUCUCCCUUCAAACACUCCACCUCCUCGAUGGACACUCUUUCCAGUCAGAUCUCGACUAAGAACCUCGAGGUUGCUAGGCUACAUACUGCCAGACCACGUUAUGCCAGACCACCAACUGAAAGACCUAGCAGUGACUCUGAUCACUCUGGAACCUUGUCGACUGUGACGACCUGCUCACCACAUUCAGCUAGCCCGUCAGUGAUUACUGUUAGGGACUUGCUGCUCAUGAUUGGGCACAUAACUAGCUCAGUAUUGGAGGAGGUAAAUAGCAUCCUGAUCCCUGCCUUGGUUGACCUUAUAAGGCUGAGAGCUUCAGAAAGUGAUGCAGAGAGUAUGCUCUCCAUCAGCAAAGACACCAACGAAGAUUCAACCCAGGGCUCUGUCAGCUGUACCUCCCUACUCUCCAAAGUCAAUGUGAUCUGUCUCACUCAGAGUCCUGACAGUAAGUCCUCCCCAAUCUCCAUUGAAGAACCAGUCAAAACUUGUUGUAGCAGCAGUUCUCUGUCCAGUGAGGAACGAGCACACUCUUCCUCCAGUCAGAUCUCUACUAAGAACCUCCUGGCUACUUGGCCACGUUCUACCAGGCCCCAAUCUGCCAAACCGCCACCUGCUAAACCAUCACCUGCUAAACCACCAUCUGAUAAACCGUCACCUGCUAAACCGUCACCUGCUAAACCGUCACCUGCUAAACCACCAUCUGCUAAACCACCAUCUGCUAAACCACCAUCUGCUAAACCACCACCUGCUAAACCACCACCUACUAAACCACCACCUGCUAAACUACGAUCUGCUAAACCACCACCUGCUAAACCACAAUCUGCUAAACCACCACCUGCUAAACUACAAUCUGCUAAACCACUACUUGCUAAAUUACAAUCUGCUAAACCACCUACUGCCACUGACUACUCUGGAACCUUAUCUGCUGUGGUAGGUCGUGGGCAUGUCAUCCCUGUCAAACUGACCUUGGCCCCUUUCUCCUCCUUACUCUCCAGCGAAGAGACCAACACCAACCUCCCCUCCAGCAGCCGCCCCUCCUCAUGCUCUAUCAAGCUUUUAGACAGAAGGAGUGACAUUCCUUGCUCCCUGGCUGUGAGCUCUAUUUCAACUGUUCCUGGACCUGACUCUAGCAGGAGCCCUAAGCGGGAGAAUCAAUAUGCUACUGAGGUCUCGUCGAUCUGCCUCAGCCAAGAUAGAAAUGGCCAAGGAGGGAGUGUGACACCUCCAGCCCCUUUGGAUGUUUCCCUCCCCUCCAUUAUUGAGCGGGCUGGCGGACUUGUAUGUUCCGUCAUCUCCCAGUCUUUAGCAAUUGUGGAGGCGCGGUCAAGUGUGAUUGGUGAGAAGGGCUCUCCAUCUCCCACCACAGUCUCCCAUUCUCCUACAAGGGUGUUUGUCAGCCACUUAAGGAGUAGCCCAUUAGGUGAGGACCUUGUAGAUUCAACACUUGCGGAUGUUAUCUCUGUCCUGAAAAUGGAGGGAAUUUUUUCCUCCUCUCCGACUUUGGACGAGGAGCUGCUUGAUCUCUCCUCCAGUUGUUCUUCAUCAUCCAGCGAAACACUGCAAUGUGUGUCUGUUGGCCCUCUUGGCAGUGGGUCGGAGACGUCCUUCAAACUUCUUGGGGGUCGUACUCUGAGUAUUGCCACCCCAACGGCCCAUGUUAUCACAGAGGACUUAGAAGUCUACAGUGAUGAGAUCAUUGACGAAAUCCUUAUUAUAAUGAGGACCAAAAAAGAUGAUGACAGUGGAAGUGACGUCUCUGGUGCAUCAACACCAUGCAGCACACCAGCACCACAGAGUCGGUCCUCUUCUGCACUGAGGGGAGUGCUUCCCCAUGACAGGAGGAUACUCAGCACAACACUGCUUGGAAUCCAGAACACACUAGACAGUGAGAACCUCUCAGGAGAGUGCUCCAUCUCACCACAGGACAAUGCCAGAGUCCUGGAGAUGAUAAAGUUGCUGCAGAGGCGCCUUGAUGGGACACCCUCAGAGUCCUCCAUCCAUAUCACAGAUGUGGCUUCACCCUUGGGCUUUCCUCUCCCUGUAUCUCUCCAUGCUGUUCAGUCGUGUGUAUUUGCCACUGACAAAGACCUGAAGGCAGAAAGAGUGAAGGGAGUCUUUGAAAGCCUGAGAUCCCAGUUUAUGAGCUACUCCAUCAAGCCUGUGAGUAACAUCAUUACCAGGGCAACAACAAAGAUGGCUGCCUCCAAGCAGGUUAGUUUAGAGACACUCCAGGCAGCAUCAGCAAAAUCAUCUGCUGUGGCUCAGAACCUUAUUAGUUCGGUUUUAUUUCAAGUUGCCAAGGUGUCCUGCUCUGAUGACUUAGAGGGUCUGGGUGAUCAUCUCAGAUGCCCCUCAACUUUGACCAGAGUUCUGACACCUUUGACCUCAGAGAAGGCUACACUGACACCUGCUGUUCUGAAGAUCAGAAGGGAGAUGUGUAAGGAAGUGGCCACUGAACUCCAGAGUUUCUUGAUCAAGGAAUCCCUUACUGGCACCCAGACACCAUCCAAUGGACAUGCUUGCACUUCUGGUUCUGCCCCAAGGGAAGCUGUGCGGGACAUCCUGAGGAAAACCAAAGAGGAGGCUUCCAACAAAAGCCUGAAUAAUAUUUUCUCUGUUAAUUUGGAUGAGCGGCUCACAGACUCCAUUGCAGAUGCCUUAUAUCCAAAGCUGCAUGACACAUUGGAGUCCAAGAGAGAGCUGCAGGCUUCUUAUUACAGCUCCCAGAUCAGCUGCAGCCUCAGCCCCUUUGAAGUUGAGAGCAGCCUAGAGCUCCAGGAGUUCACUGACCCACUAUCUGAGUCAGUAUUGUGUCUCCUGGAUAGGACAUUUGGAGAUAAAGCUCAGAACUUAAAGACAGGCGGGGGUGUUUUACAAUAUGUCACAGACCCAACCUAUAAGAAGCUUUUGAUUGGACCCCACACCAACGAUGUCAAUGUGGUUGUGCACACGAUUGCAGUGGAGGAGUUGCCUGUUGAGGGUUGUAUUGCGCAAAGUGAGGCCAUUCAUGGCCUUCACAAGAAGCAAGUUACCUUCCAGCACCAGUGACAGAGGGAAUGAGACCCCGAGCCCUACUAAUUGCCUGCUGGAGGGUGUAGUGGGCAAACUGAUACGGAAGAUGCUAUUUCAGGGCCUUGACAUCCCUGAG